AUGGCUGAGGCAGGUACCACUCACCUUGAUGAACUGCAGAGAAAACAGCUGGAUGAGAUGUUCAUCGUUGUUGACGAGCACGACCGCGUCUUAGGAUGUGAAACCAAGAGGAACUGUCACUUGAAGGAGAACAUGGAAAGGGGACUGAGGCACCGGAGCUUCAGUGUCGUCCUCUUCAACAUGGAAGACCAGCUCUUGAUACAACAAAGAUCAGAUGCUAAGUACAUGUUUCCUGGGUAUUUUUCGGACUCCUGUUCUGGUCACCCACUCUACAACCCUGAGGAACUGGAAGAGAAAGAGGCCAUCGGCAUCAAGAGGGCGGCUCUGAGGCGUCUGCAGGCCGAGCUGGGGAUUCCUAAGGAGCAGAUUUCCAUAAAGGACAUACGUUUUAUGACGCGGGGGUACUAUAAGUUUCGGUCAGAUUCUAUCUGGGGAGAACAAGAAGUUGGCUACAUUCUGUUGGUGAGGAAAAACGUCACAGUGAACCCAGAUUCCAGAGAAGUCAAAAGCUAUCGCUACGUGAGCCGGCAAGAGCUGGAGGAGCUGCUGGACCGAGCAGCCCAGGGCAAGGAGAAGGUUACCCCCUGGUUCAUAGCCAUCACCGAAUUCCUGUUCAAGUGGUGGGAGUCGCUGGCUGAUGUGUCUCCCUUCAUGGAGCCUGAUAAGAUACAUGGCCUAGUGCAGUGA